UCUUAUACCAAAAUCAUUCCACCUGCAACGUUUACAUGACGACCAUUUCGGAAUCGUGCCUGCUUUUGCACUUUUUCUGGCUACUCUUGCUUUGUUUUUUUUCCUCUUCGUCAAGCUUUUUAAUUUUCAAAAAUCCUGUUGCGGGUCUUGUCUCUUGCCGUCCCCAUCAGAUUCAAGCCUUUGUGCAGUUCAAGAGCGAGUUUGAUACCCGUCAUUGCAACCACGAUGACUCCUUUAACGGAGUCUGGUGCGAUACCGCGACGGGUGCGAUCACGAAGCUACAACUCACGGCUUGCCUCAGUGGAAUCCUGAAGUCCAACAGUAGCCUCUUCGAGUUUCAUCAGCUCCGUUACCUUAAUCUCAGUUAUAACAACUUCAUCUCCUCUUCGCUUCCUCCCAAAUUUGGCAAUCUCAAUAGGUUAGAGGUCUUGUCUCUUUCUUCAAAUGGCUUUCUCGGCCAAGUUCCUACCUCAUUUAGUAACCUAAGAAUGCUUUCCUAUGUAGACCUUUCCCAAAAUAAACUAAUUGGUAGUUUCCCAAGUGUGAGGAAUCUAACCAAGCUCACACUUUUGGACCUUUCUCAUAAUCACUUCUCUGGAACACUUAAUCCUAGGAGUAGCCUCUUUGAGUUGCACCACCUCCGUUUUCUUGAUCUCGGUUACAACAACUUUAGUUCCUCUCUCCCUGCCGAAUUAGGCAACCUCUAUAGAUUAGAAAUCCUGAAUCUUACCUCUAAUGGCUUCUUCGGUCAGUUUCCUUCCACAAUUAGUAAUCUAACUCAGUUAACCGAGUUGAAGCUUUCGGGCAACAUGUUCACUAGUAGCUUUCCACUAGUUCAAAAUCUAACAAAACUCUCUGUUUUGAGUCUUUCUUCAAAUAACUUCAUUGGCACCAUUCCUUCUUCUCUCUUCACUAUGCCUUUCUUAUCAGAAGUUAAUCUGCGUCAAAACCACCUCACCGGUUCUAUUGAAUUUCUUAACUCAUCAUCCACUUCAUCCAGGCUAGAGCUACUUCUUCUUGGGAAAAACCUUUUUGAAGGAAAAAUAUUAGAGCCUGUAUCAAAGAUCACCACCCUUAAAUAUCUUGAUGUAUCUUACCUAAACACCAGCUACCCAAUUGACAUCACCAUGUUCUCCACUCUCAAAUCUUUGUUGAAACUCGACGUUUCUGGUAACAGUAUAUCUCCAACUAGCUUAAGUUUUGGUUCCAACAUCUCACUGUCCAUCGGAUCAUUGGCUUUGAACAACUGUGGCCUCAGGGAGUUUCCAAACAUCUUAAAGAAGCUUGAGAACUUGGAGGAGAUCGUCAUAUCUGGCAAUACGAUCAAAGGGAAAGUCCCUGAGUGGCUAUGGAACCUCCCUCUUCUACGACUAGUGGAUAUUUCUAACAAUUAUUUCAACGGUUUCGAAGGUUCAGUGGAAGUUUUUGUAAGUUCAUCAGUGGAGAUACUCUUUCUGGAUUUCAACGAGUUUGAAGGAACACUUCCUCAGCUACCACUUCAUAUCAACAGCUUGUUUUCGAGUGCGAAUAGUUUCACCGGGGAGAUACCUUUUUCAAUCUGCAACCGAAGCUCGCUUUCUCUCAUCGAUCUGUCCAGAAACAAAUUCACCGGUCCGAUUCCACCAUGUCUGAGCAACUUCACCCUUGUGAAACUCCGGAAGAACAACUUGGAAGGAAGUAUUCCUGACGAGUUCCACGUAGAUGCCUCUCUACGGACACUUGACGUUGGUUACAACCGACUAAGUGGACAGCUACCAAAGUCUCUUCUUAAUUGCUCCUCUCUAAAGUUUUUAAGCAUUGAAAACAACAAAAUCCAAGACACGUUUCCUUUCUGGCUCAAGGCUUUACCAAACUUGCAAGUCCUUAUUCUUAACUCAAACGAAUUGUAUGGUCCUAUAUCUCCUCCUCAUCAAGGUCCUCUCGGGUUUCCAGAGCUACGGAUUUUUGAAAUAUCUAAUAAUAAGCUCACUGGAAGCUUGCCACCAGAUUACUUUGUCAAUUGGAAAUCAACUUCACUCAUAGUGAACCAAGACGGGGGUUUAUAUAUGGUAUAUAUGAGAUCUCACGGUAUUACUAGUACCUACGGGUAUCUGGAUCUUAUAGAUUUACGAUACAAAGGUGUACAUAUGGAGCAAGCCAACGUCCUCACUUUCUACAGCGCCAUUGAUUUUUCAGGAAACAAACUUGAAGGACAUAUUCCUGAAUCCAUCGGUCUUUUGAAGACAAUGGUUGCGCUCAACUUAUCGAACAACGCCUUCACAGGCCACAUUCCUUUGUCUUUUGCCAAUUUUAAGGAGCUCCAGUCACUAGACCUGUCAAGAAACCAAAUCUCGGGGAGUAUUCCUAGUGGACUGGGAACGCUCUCGUUUUUGUCUUACAUAAACGUGUCUCACAACAAUCUCAAAGGGGAAAUACCACAAGGAACACAGAUUCUCGGACAGCCUAAAUCUUCUUUUGAAGGAAAUGCAGGACUAUGUGGUCUUCCACUCGAGAAAAGAUGCUUCACAACUAGUGCACCACCAGCACAACAACAUAUGAAAAAUGAAGAAGAAGAAGAUGAGAAAAUUUUGAAUUGGAAAGCAGUGGUAGCAAGUUAUGGGCCUGGAUUGAUUCUUGGAGUGACAAUAGCACAAUUUGUUGUUUCAUGCAAGCCUGUGUGGUACGCCAAGAUAAUUGGAGUUUUUCGGUUUUGAGUUUGAUAGUUCUAUAUAUAUAUGUGUGAAAUAGUUUGUUGGUCCUGUAUUGAAGUAUUUAGUUUUGUGUGUUGUGUACUCUUUUAGAGAAUUAUUUGUAUCAUAUUCAUAUACAUAUAUGUUUUCUUAAUGAGAAGAA